AUAUUAGGAAUGGGCCCUUCGUUAAUAUGUCCGAUGACCUUAAUGUUUAAAAGUACAAAAAAUACGUCGAUAUAAGGACGAAAACAUAUAAUAUUAUUUUGCUUACGUAUACUUUACUUAUUAUUAUAUUAGCUAAGUAAAAUAAUUACUGUUGUAAGGACAUAAAGGUAGAGUACACAUAUGAUUAUGUAUGUGUAUAUACUGUUUAUUAUAUUUUACACCAUGAUGGCCCUCAAGUAUUGUAACCUAUAUACAUGUUACAUAAUGACAGGUCAACACUUCCAUAUCGAAACGAAUAUAUUAUUAAUUAUUAUGUUUGGGAAUGGGGAUUAGAAUACACCGUCUAGUCGAUGUUCUCACCGAUCAAGUGUCACUUUACGUUACGACUGUACAUAGUAUUUGUACUUAUAAACUGACGUUUGUAAAUUAGUUGCUUUCAGAAACUGAACAAUUCUAAGAGUUAACUAAUGAUAGCGUCGAGUGUAGCUACGAUAUUAUAAUCGCGCCUCGGCAUCGGCGGAAUCGUCAUCUUGAUCGAUUGUCAUAAUGUCAUCACACAUUAGUUCAGAGUGGAAAUGAAAAAGAACAUUUUUUACUUAUAUUUUUAAAUACUAAAGGAGUUCAUACUCCGUUGACUAGUUCGGAACGCGACCUAUUGAAGCGAAAUUGAAUUGAAUAGGACAAUUAUAUUAUGUUAUGAAUAGAUUCCGAGGCGUUCGUAGGUAUAUUUUCUAAUUCGGGUGUCUUAGAACCACACGUUUAAAUAUUCUAGUUGAACUUUCAGUUGUUUAUAUCAGUUUUAUCGUAAUUAAUUUUUAUGUUUUACUCAAAAAAUAAAAAAAUUCCUCUAACAUUUCAACACGAACAGCAGUCGCAGCAAUCUGAAGUAGGCGUAGGUACGUGCACGAAAAACGUAAUAUAACAACCACAACAGAAAAUACCAACACGCCAGGGUCCUUACGGAUAUCUAGAUUUAAAUUUUCGAAUCUGUUCCGUUCGAACCGCGGCUGUUCGCGCAAACCGUGAAUACAAUAAUCUACCUAAUCUAUCCGUAGAUAUUAUACUCAAACUCGGCUGGCAGAACUCGCGGUUACGCGUUACAUUACAUACAUAAUAUACAGUUACAUUACCUAUGGCGACCACGACCACGGUACGGGGCGGCGUGCUGAUGUGGCCGACUACGUGUUUCUGGGGCGCGUGCGGCGUGUUCACCUUGGACAUGACGUACAACCGAUUCGAACGGUGGUUCUCAGGGUGGGUGUUCGUGUCCGGCCUGCUGAACAUUGCCAACACGCCGUGGAGCGUGUGCGUGCUGGACGGCUGGUGCGACGACCACCUGUCCACCACGUACCGGCGGCUGUACACCAGGCUGGUGGCGUCCACGUGCCUGGUGUCCCGGGCGAUCAUCGUGUACAAGGCGUGCAGACACUUGGCCGGUUUCGGGGACCGGGAACGGGAGUACGAACGCAGCUGGCCCAUUUCCGGACCGCGCAGACGCCAGUUCCGGAUCUACGCGUCGUCCGUGGUCGUCGGGUACAUACUGCUCGUCUUGCCCGUCAACCUGGCGCGGCUCUAUCUGCUGUACCGGUUCGAGGAGUUUGGCGACGCGAAACUCCUGCUGUUCUUCUUCAACAUGUACACGCACAACUGGAGCAUGUGCUGCAUGGAGACCCAUUUCGCCGUCCUGUGUUUCGGCGUCUACCUUAAGUUCCGGGCCAUUAACGACGAGCUGUCGGCCGUCCGGUCGGACGUCAUGGUCAGCAACAGGUAUCCGAUGGCGCUCCGGUCAUCGUCGUCGACGGCGGUUGCGGCCGCUGCAGCGUCCGUGUUGCAAGACCCGCACGGCCGGCCGAUGGAGGCGGCUGUCGAGGAGCUCAGGGUCAGGCACAGGCUGACGCGUGAGUCGGUCGAACAGCUCAACAACAUGUUCGGCGGUCAACUGGCCCUGUCGCUCAUCACCCUGUGCAUGAUGAUGCUGUUCGACAUCUACAACGAAGCUUUUCGCUUGGUCUCCACGAUUUCCAGAUCGAAAUUCAUCUUCGGCUGGAUUCUCCAAUACCUGUUCCGGUUUUUCGUGAUCGUUAUCACGGCGCACAGCACAACCCAAGAGGGUUAUAAAACUAAAGUGCUUGUAACAGAAAUAAAUAAUCGGCAUUUAAACAACAGUACGAAGUAUGAGUUGCAAUUGUUUUUGAAACAAAUGAAUCAUCAAUCUAUUGAUAUAACUGCAUGUGAUUGUUUCACCUUAAACGGUCAUCUCAUCGCGUCGGCCAUUGCUGUCGGUACCACGUAUCUCUUCGUUUUAAUACAAUUUCAUUCAGAAAUUAUGCAAUUUACAGAAAACCAAAAAUCUUAAAUAUUUAUAAAAACAAAUUCAUAAGAUAAGAUUAUGAAAGACGCAUUCUUA